GCUUCCUGCGUGGGAGGGUGAACGAAAUUUGAAACACUUUGAACUGAGCAACUUACGUUAAAUUGGUGUGGACAUAUUUUCUUAUUGUGUUCAGUCGAAGAUGGAUUCAAGUUGAUCAAUGCGAGACUAUAUAGGAGCACGGACACACUGUUUAUGUGUGUGUUCGUGUCCAGUUUGUGUGCCUACCGACAGACCUAAGUUUUAGAAGUUUGUGUUCGCCGAUCAGCUGAUUUACUAUCGGAGGCCGCCCCCGCUUUCUUGGGAUUAUUUACAUCGAGUGUUUACUAGUUGAAUACCAACAGGUGAGAUAUGUAGUUUCCAGAGGAGUCUGACAGCUGUGACAGGGUUACUAAGGGGUGCGAUAGGAGACUGGUACCCUGUCCUUACAAGGCUGUGACAGGGUUACUAAGGGGUGCGAUAGGAGACUGGUACCCUGUCCUUACAAGGCUGUGACAGGGUUACUAAGGGGUGCGAUAGGAGACUGGUACCCUGUCCUUACAAGGCUGUGACAGGGUUACUAAGGGGUGCGAUAGGAGACUGGUACCCUGUCCUUACAAGGCUGUGACAGGGUUACUAAGGGGUGCGAUAGGAGACUGGUACCCUGUCCUUACAAGGCUGUGACAGGGUUACUAAGGGGUGCGAUAGGAGACUGGUACCCUGUACAAGGCUCCCGUACACGACAGUACUAUACAAGUCACUAUGGAUGGUAGGGACCUACUGAUGUCGGUUGCUGACCUGGAUUACGUAGCUUCACUCAGAUAAUGUGCCUUUUUGUCAUCACAUGCAAUACCCAUACCCACCACCAACUGCCUUCCGCUGUAUAUAGUGUAGGUGUUUGUCGUCAUCAUCCUGUGGAGUUUACAUGAAGACCGGGGAGCUGGAGAUCCAUGGCUUCCCCAGAUAAGUCACUGGCAGUGUGGUCAACAUGAGAAGCUUGAAUGACCAUGACGAGAUGGCCGUUGGAAAUCCGGUGCCUCCCUCUACUGUAGCCACACUGGACAAAGUUGCCAUGAUGCUUAGUAGUGGUACCGGCCCCAAUAAUGGGGAUGAGCCUCGGCGGCCUCUUAUCAAACAGGAGGCUGUGGAUGUGGAGGACAACUCCUCACGCUCUGGGCAAUACCUAGGGAUCAACCCUAUCAGCGGGGAGCUACCCAAACAGCACAGUGACCCCGGCCUCCGCACAGCUAGGGAAGGCAGUUUUGAGGCAGAGACCUCCCAUUGGAGUUAUUUCCAACGGAAAGAGUAUGAAACAUUUCGUGAACAAAAGUCAGUAAUAGAACGUUAUAAUGUUGAGACUUAUUCCUCACAGUGGCAAGCCAAUGUAGACCACAAAACCGUACUAAGGAUGCCCCACAAUGUCAGUGCUCCCAGUUUAUUGCUUCAGACCCAGGAGGAACGGAGAUAUGAGUAUCGUAAAAAGAUGUUUGAGAAAGAAACAACAAAUGUUAGUCAUCCUGUUUUCUCCCAGAUACGACCACAGCACAGUGAAGAAAGCUUCCGCGGUCAUUAUUCAGACAUCAGUGGGUCUGAGGACAGUCCAAGUAGUCGAGAGGCUUCCCCAUAUACCAAGGACUUUGCUAGCCACUGUGUACAGGGCGACACUGGCUCAUAUGAUGAAAUCCCGCGAGAGGAAAAAAGAAUCAUUCACCAACCAACAAGUAUUGUCAUAACAAGUGAUGACGAUUGUGUGACAACAGUCAAAAGUGAUGCAGACUUGUCUCCCUUAACAGAGGAAGGCAGAGCCCGCAGUAAACACUUAUAUCCUGGUAACUUCAAAAAGUUUUUACACGCAAGGUACUUAAAGAGCCAGAUACACAGUGGAUCGUCCUCAUCAACAGACACAUCCCUGGACCACUCCCAGGAUAGGUCAGACACCUCUCUCGGGACGGCCUCACCAGAUCUCCAGUCUUUUGAGACCAGCCUUGAGGUACCUGAAACAGCAGUGUCUCCUUCACUGUCUUUUGAGGCCAAAUCACCAGAAGUGACUUCGGAAACUAGUGACGACGGAGACGUGUUCAUGGGGCCUUCAGGGAAGCAGCCUUCAACCCAGAAACGCACAAAACCCCAAUCACUACCUCAGGGUGGUAGUGGUGAACCUCUUGAUCUCACAAACACUCCGUCUUUCCGAGGACCGAUUCCCACGCCUCGAAUAUUUCCCCCUGACUCAGGUUUGUCUACCAGUGAUCCUGAUCUCAUGAGCCCGUCAGCAGCCAAGCAGCAAUUCUCUCCAUAUGUGCACCGCUCGUCAGGGGUGCUCACACCUCACUACAUAUCGUCUGCUCAAUCCUCUCCCUUGUGUUCUGUCCCAGAGGGAGGCCAUGUGUUUAACUUCAACCUGCCCAGUCCUUUUGAAGGAUUCUAUUCGGACCCUGAACUUCUGUCACCUAGUCCCAUGUCACCUGGACUUCACUUUGCAUUCCCACCUCGUGCUACUAUGGUUACGUCUAUGUCAGAACUCACUCGCCUUGCAGUGUCGCCACGUGCCUAUUAUCCUAAUCAGCCAUUGAAAGUACCAAGCCAAAAACUAUCAACUAGUCCUGUCGGCAAAAUGGAAGUAAAUGAAUCUCAGAGCCUUGAAGGAAGACGGACUGUGUCUGAUUCUGAUGCCUAUUUGUGUCCAGUAUGUACGCAAGUAUUUCCAUCCUAUGAUAAUUUAGCUAAGCACAUGGCAAAGCAUCUGCCAACAGAGACGGUACGCCAGGCUGAUAAUAAUAAAGUGCAUUACUGUAAGGUGUGUAACCGCUGUUUUUCACGCAGUGACAUGCUCACACGACACAUGAGGCUGCACACGGGACUGAAGCCCUACGAAUGUACUGACUGCGGCCAGGUGUUCAGUCGUAGUGACCACCUGAACACACAUAAACGUACACAUACAGGAGAGAAACCCUACAGGUGUCCGCAGUGUCCAUAUGCUGCAUGUCGUCGGGACAUGAUCACCAGACAUAUGCGCACACAUGCUAAGAGAUCUGCAAAGCGAGGAAAGUAUCUUUCAGUACCAGAACGGGAAGGUGAUGUACGUAAAAGUUCAGUUUCUAGUACAGAUACGACUGAUUCCCAGGAGCAAUCGAUGAGGACAUAUUCUGCCUCUAGUGCGGACAGUUUAGAUUUGGAUAGUACUGGUUCAAAGCUAUCUGUGAGUCGCGGAGACAGUGGUGAACGUUUCUCGGUAAGUAGAGGAGACAGUGGAGAAUGGUCUCCAUAUCCAAUAAGUAGGGGUGACAGUGGUGAGCGAUUUUCCAUUAGUCGAGGUGAUAGUGGUGACCGGCAGCUUCCUGUUAGUCGUGGAGACAGUAGUGAGCGAGUGUUCCCAGGGUACAGUGAACGGUCAUUUUCGGUUAGUCCGAGCGAGGGAGGGGAAAAAUCAUUCCCAGUAAGUCGUGGUGAUAGUGGAGAUCUACAGUUCCCCAUCAGUCGCGGGGACAGUGGCGACAUGGAUUCCAAGGGUCGUCCGUGGACAAAUACCAGUACAGAUAGUACAGUGUUUGAGGAUAUAAGUCAGGGGCUGGAGAAAAGUCACAAGCUCAAACUGCUCCAUCUCCAUCGCGAAGCUGCUACUAUCGACCCUAACUACGGCUAUCGCAAGAUGCGCAACUGGUCGACUGCGAGUUUUGAGAGUAUAGAUUCAGAGGAUGGUAAAUCACGGCCAGAGUCAUUCGCAGAGGACACCCUGUUUGAGUAUGAACAUACGGGUGAGAUGGGGAGGUAUGGUGACAGUCCUUCUGCUGCUAUGGAGAGGCUACAGAAGUGUAGGAUCAGUACCGAUGCUAGUAUAGACCAGCAUCAGUUACCGACCUCAGAUAGGGAAGGAAACGGGGGCAGCAAAGAUCAAGGGAUGUAACUCUUAGAAUUUUUAAGAUCUUUUUAAUGCCUUUUUUAUUUGUACCCAGAUAUUGUCAACAGUAAUUUUUGUUAUUGUUGGUGAUAAGACAUUUGUUGUUAUUUAUAGUUAUGGACAUUGACUGUUGUAUAAUCAGUGUUUUAUAUCACAAAUAUUUUAAAACAUGCACAAUGAAAAUUGAUCUUAACUAAUAUAUAUGUGGAUUGGACAUUCCCAAUGUAUACAUGUCCUCUGUGCCUAAAUAGUCACAAGUGAAUGUGAGGUAAAAUGUCAACUUGUCCAUGUAACACUUCCCUACAGCGUACAGAAAGACAAACUUCAGAAUCCGAGUCUCGGAAGAAAUGAAGUAUCCCUGUAGUUACCCUGCAGAAUGUGUUAGCUUAGCUUAUCAGAUUGUAAUAAUUUGUGUUUAAAUCCAACCUAUACAACCUAGAUCUUACAGAAAAAAAUCCUAAGUCUAGGAAUAGAUUUGAAUUUUCUGAUUAGUCAUCUUGACCUUUGACCUUACCUUUGUGCCAAUUUUAAGCCAGAACAGUUCAAGUUGGGAUAUAUGCUCCAUAUAACCUAGGAUUAAAGUUUGUUAUUUGGAAACCGUUUCUUGAGUAUAACUCGCUAAUAUCUAAGAUUUCCCAUCAUCCCAACAUGGCAAGCUUUGACUAUUUGAAGAUGAAGAAUGUGGGACCUAGCUUCCCUGUGUUCUGUUGUUAACUAGUCCACAGAGAUUGGUCUGGACUUGAUGUAAUCCACACUACUGUACUAUAAGCUUGAUUCCCGUCAAAUACCUACUGGCUGUAUCUAAAUCAGAUCUUUUAUAGUUACAAGGGAGAU